UGUUCGUAAGGUCAGCGACUGGCCGCAUUAGAUGCAAAACGAAAUAUAGAAGUAUAAAUUGUACCGGUUAUUUUAUACGAAUAAGUGUGAGUGCCUCUUUGCGAAACGGGACGAGUAAUUACCUCGGCAUUUGCUAGAACUCAUCAGAGUCAUGCGGGCUGACAAUUCUACUUUUAAGCUAAAUUUUCCCUCUAGGCCAGUGCUCAUCGAGCAGUCAAGAGAAAAGUCAUGAAUUUGCAAGACUUUGUCAAAUUUCUUCUUUGCACUAUCUUUGCAAGUCAGUUCAGUUGUUUUGCCAAUCAAAAAUUUCCCUAUAAGACCACAAAGGAUAUCAAUGACAGGAAAGCACGUGGUGUCUUUGACUUAGUAUUUGGGAGAUUAAAGCCUUGCGGAGGUUGUCUAUGUGGGCGAUCAAAUAGAGAUGGUGCUCGCUUUCUGGGUGGAGAAUUCACAGACACGCACGAAUUUCCCUGGCUCGCAAAUAUUCAUGUCAAAUCCAGCCUACUAAUUAGUGGAAUUUUAAUUAAUGACAGAUACGUCUUAACAUCAGCCAGCCAACUCAUCGGUUCGACAGCACCAGAAAUAAAGGUUUCGCUUGGUGAAUAUGAUCGAUGCAGUCUGGAUAUUUCAUCAGUUAAUGUGAGUGUGGAAACUUUGAUUAUGCAUCCUGAAUUCAAUGCUGAAUCAAGAGCUCAUGACUUGGCUCUCAUUCGUCUGAGUCGACCAACCAAAUUCGAAAGACGAAUUUCACCUAUUUGUUUACCAAAUCCAGGAUCGACAUACUUAGGUCAAGUUGGAACAUUAUGUGGCUGGACAGAAACUAAUUCAUCAUCAGAGCUUAAUGACAAUCGCAGUUGCAGACCACGAAAAGUGGGCCUUCCAAUUAUGGGAAGAAGAGAAUGCUUAAAAUCUGGAGUACUUCCUUCAAAUUACCAUGGUGAUACAGGAUGUAUUGGAAUUGUUGGAGGAAAUUCGAUUAUAUGCAAGGUGAACUUAAAAUACUUAUUUUACUGAAAUGUUUUUUUUAACACAGGUAUCUUGUCUGAUGUGAAUGACUGCACUGGCGGACCGAGUGCUGCAAUUUACACAAGAGUAGGCCCGCAUCUUGACUGGAUUUUGCAACAUACAAAAGACGCAUGCUAUUGCACGAAAUAAAAUUAUAAAUAAAUAUCUAUAUGUGUUUCAUGUUCAUUUUUUCACUAAAGUAUUUAAAAACCAA